UCAAUAAAAUGUCAAAGUUAACAAUCACGCUGAAGGUUAUUUAUUAUGUAGAAAUUAAUUAAUUCGCGAUCAACCGUCUGUAAAUUCCGCAGUUUAUGUGUGGUAUUGGUGAAGUGUUAAUGAACAUUAUAUAACUUAACAUAACGGAACAAAAACGUGCAGAUAACCAAGCAGAUCAAAGUAGUGAGGAGGAAUGUUAGUGGCUGCAGCUGACGAAAUAAAUAAUCAUCGCUACAACAAUAACGACGUAAUACCUUGCAUAUAAACAAUGCCACCGAAACAGCGUAAAAUCGCGGUGAUGGGCUGCAAGUCCGUGGGCAAGUCAUCACUGUGUAUACAAUUCGUCGAGGGUCAAUUUGUUGACUCAUAUGACCCAACCAUUGAGAACACCUUCACAAAGUCUACCAGAAUAAAUUCCCAAGAAUUCGAGUUAAACGUGGUGGAUACGGCCGGUCAGGACGAGUACUCUAUCUUCCCCUAUCAAUACAGCAUUGAUGUCCAUGGUUAUGUGCUUGUGUACAGCAUCACAAGUGCACAGUCCUUCAAAAUAGUUAAAUUGAUCUAUGAUAAACUACUGGACAUUGUGGGUAAGGGCCAUGUGCCCCUUGUGUUAGUUGGCAACAAGACAGACCUUCACAUGCAGAGGAGAAUCACCGAAGAAGAGGGCAAGAAAUUAGCAGAAAGUUGGAAUUGUGUGUUCCUAGAAACCUCAGCAAAAAAGAACUCCUCAGUGUCUGAUGUUUUCCACUCACUCAUUCAUGAGAUUGAGAAGGCAAAUGGCAAUGUACAAGAGAAAUCUAGUUGCAUAGUUUCAUAAGUUCGUUUUUCUUUUCUGCAACACUCACAAAGGAUAUUUAUAAACAAUCUUUUAAAACUCUGGUUUGUUCAGUGUUACAUUUUUCUCUUUGCUGUCUGAUUAAAAAACGUGUUUUGUUUAUAUAACUUUAGCUUUAGCUUGUAACAUAACUAUAGUAAAGAUAAGUUUAAGUAUAUCUAAGUAUAGGAGAGGACCUUAUAAUUAUAACUAUUUUUAAAUGUCCCAUUUCAUUAAUGUAAUGUUUCUUAAUAUUAAAAUGUAAUGUCAUGGGUUUCGCGUUGUAUAUUUUGAAUUUGAAUUGUACAAUACCGUGUAGUUUAUUAAUUAUUAUCAUCUAGUGUUAAAAUAAAUCUUUUCAAACAGAAA